AUGCCACCAAAGUUCGAUCCCAACGAGGUCAAGAUCAUCUACCUUCGCGCCACUGGUGGUGAAUUGGCUGCCUCCUCUGCUUUGGCUCCCAAGAUCGGUCCUCUUGGUCUUUCUCCCAAGAAGGUUGGCGAAGACAUCAUGAAGAACACCAAGGACUGGAAGGGUCUUCGUGUCACUAUUCAGUUGACCAUCCAAAACCGUCAAGCUCAAGUUGCUGUUGUGCCUUCCGCUUCUUCCCUUGUCAUCAAGGCUCUUAAGGAACCCCCACGUGAUCGCAAGAAAGAUAAGAACAUCAAGCACACUGGUAACAUUCCUUUGGAUGAGAUCAUUGAAAUUGCUCGCACCAUGCGUUACAAGUCUUUCGCCCGUGAGCUCAAGGGUACUGUCAAGGAAAUCCUUGGUACUGCCAACUCGGUCGGCUGCACUGUCGAUGGUCAAAGCCCCAAGGACCUUUGCGAUGCCAUUGAUGCUGGUGAGGUUGAGAUCCCUGAGAAAUAA